UUCCUGCUCCUCCCAGUUCAAAGAUGGCAGCCAUGGGACGUAGACGAGCGACGACACAAAUUUAGGAGUUUUGUAAUGAAACUGCAUUGACGUGGAAAGCCGUCACAUGCUUGAUUUGGUCACAACAGUGAUAUUAUUUGUCGGCGCUAAUGUGUCCUUUCAGAAAGAAUUCUAAAGGGUUCAGAAAUAUGUUUUCUAGUGGGCUAAGCUAGCAACCAACGGUUAGCAAAUAAAUGAACUUGUCUCUUCUGACUCGAGAAGAAAGUAUUUGCGUUCAAAUAACUUGCUAGCUCAAUUUCAUCAUGGCCAUCACUCAGUUUCGCCUGUUCAAGAUCUGCACAUGCUUAGCCAGCUUACUGUCUUUCUUUAAGAGACUGAUAUGCAGGACUGGAAGGGGCCGCAAGCUCAGUGGUGAUCAAAUAACUCUCCCAACAACGGUGGAUUUUUCAUCACCUUUACCAAAACAGUCUGCACAGCCAGAGAUUGAAGAGUGGAGCUCCUGGGAUGAAGAAGCUCCUACAAGUAUUAAGAUUGAAGGUGGCAAUGGAAAUGUUUCUCCCCCACCCAAUGAUGUAGAAGAAGAACCCGACUACUUUAAAGACAUGACUCCAACCAUCAGGAAAACACAGAAGAUCUUAUUGAAGAAGAGAGAGCCUUUGAACUACCUGGUGCCUGACGGCUCGGCAGGAUUCUCCAGCAGGUUGGCAGCCUCUCAGGAUAUGAUGACAUUCAGUCCACCCUCAGCUGAACUGGGAGAAAUGGAAAACUGGCAGGAGGACACAAACGCCUGGGAGGAUGAAUCUGAUGCUGCCUGGGAGGCAGAGGAGGUGCUCAGGCAACAGAAGAUGGCUGAGAGGGAGAAGAGAUUCAUGGAACAGCAAAGGAAAAAGAUGGAGAAAGAGGCUCAGAGGAUGAUGAAGAAGGAACAGAAGAUUGCCGUCAAGCUCUCCUAACAUUUCUGAACUGCUCUGUUUUGAGCCAAAGGCAAAGACACUAGAUCUGUCAUUUUUUUUCCUUUGUCAUCAAACCAACUGGGAUUAUGAUCAUACACUAUUUGUCUGUUUGCAAACUGUCCUCCUCUUGAUUCACAGCAACCAUUUUGCUCCGUUUUUCAUCUGCAGCACUGUACAAUGCAUCAGUCUCGCGAGCACAGUGUACUCAUGUGGAGAGGUCUUUAAGGGAGAAUUAGGAUCAUCAUAGAGUAAAGGUUAAACACAACUUUGUAAGGCAUUUAGAUUCUCUUGAAUCUGAUAGGUAUCAUAAGAUCAUAUCUUUCUUCUUGAGCAAUUGUAAAUAAACAGGUGCCGUUUAUCUUUUAAAACUCUUGAGUAUGGUUCCUUUUCUUUGUUUUUAUGGCCUCAAAUGACAAAGGAGUGUAAUUUAUUUUAUGCAUCACUGUAAACCAGUGACAUCUUUUCUGAUUAUCAUGUUUUUAUAUUUGUCUUUCAGAGUCUAAAAACUGUGUUUUGAUUUAUUUUCUUUUUUAAUGAAUGUUGCUUGAUGGUGUCUAUGCGCUCUGUAGCCCUCACUACACUGGAAAUCUACAUUAAAAUGGUAAACGGCAGAUUGGUUAAUCACAAAUUGAAAUCUAGCCCAACUAUGAAUUAUAGCUGUGGGUUCCUAUGGUAACCUCAUGGCUACUGGUAAACCAUUGACUAACUGCAUAUGUCCCAUUUUGACAUUGAUGGAAACUAUCCAGGGAUCAGUACAUGUUUUUUGAAGGGAGGUAAUCUCGCUUUUUGUCGUUAAUUGUUUGACACACAGAAGUGAGUACACCCCUCACAUUUUUACAAAUAUUUCAGUACGUCUUUUCAUGGGACACUAUAGAAACUAAACUUUGAUAUUCUGUAUGUCAGUUUCAUUUCUAUAGUGUUGUCCAAUGAAAAGAUAUAUACUAAAAUAUUUGCAAAAUGUGAGGGGUGUACUCACUCCUGCGAGAUACUGUAGAUUGAAGGUGCAGUUUUUAUAAUAAAUCAUAAAUGUUGAUCGUAGCAGAACCUCAGACCAAUUACUUUACUCAGAAAGAUAAAGAUAAAGAUUUGCUUUCUGAAAUUGAAGAGUUGAAGUUAAUGAUUUGACUGAGUUUAUGUGUUUGUGUAAUGAAAUUCCUGAUCAGGGCGUGAAAACUUACUAACAGUGCCAUUGUUGUCAUGGAAACAUUGCAGGAUUAAGAAACUUUAAUAAGACAUGACACAGUAUUACUGUUUAUGAGUGAUAAGUGGUGGGAAGUAGGCAAAUUCUUACUCUGUGCUACUGUUAUGAAGCUUUGCAGGUAAUGAGACACCAGGCAUAUUUAUCGGGUGAUCUGCUGAAUACUCGGAGGUAGUGAUUCUGUUAAAACCCAUAAUUAAUGCAUGGUCAGUUUUAACUUAAUGAGCCAGUGUUCAUAUUGAGGGAAUUCAGCAAAUAUAGAUUUGUAGGGUUUUUUUGUUUGUUUUUUUAGAAGUUAUGCCCUGUGUGUUACAUUGAAGAAAAACAGCAUGUUGCUUUUUUUUUCCAUUUUGCACAUUUGAGUUUUCUCUAAAGAAUCAUUGCUACCCCCCCUUUUUAUUUUCUCUUGCCUUUUUCACUGUAUGACUAUGUUAAAAAUGCUAGUGAGUUGAGCAUAAAGGAGGAUUUACUUGGUAAAAUGAGAUCAGAAUUGAGAGAUUGUGUAUUUGUGGUUUCAGUCCUGAAGUUUUUAAUAAAGAUCAAGGAUUCAUA